CACUCUUCGAUAUAUCAUUUGCAUAUCAAAAGCUUUCCGAUCGAGAGUACUACACCGCAAGAGAUUUUCGUAUGUGUAUUGCUUCAAUCCGCCUAUCCGUUGACGGCCUGUCGUUCAUUCCAAGGUUUAUCUGAUCUAUCUGCAGCCGCCUUUUCACAUUUACUAGGUCCAUUGCAUCCCAUAUCUUCAACGACUUCUAUUCCGAUUUACGAGAUGGAAGAACGAUCACGUAUCCCCGUCGGCCCACCCGUCACCAACCCCCUCCCCUCCUACUGGCAAACCCCCAAAUCGCCCCUCGCCAACGUCAUCGAGCCGGAAACCGACGCGCCAACCCAGCCCUACGACUACGCCAUCAUCGGCUCCGGCAUCUCCGGCGCCCUCAUCGCCUACAACCUGCUCCUGACCUACCCCACAUCCCGCAUCAUCAUGCUCGAAGCACGUGAGCUGUGCUCUGGCGCCACAGGCCGCAACGGCGGCCACACGAAGGCCGCCAGCUACCGCACGUACCUGCAGCACCGCGCGGAGCUGGGUGCGGAAGAAGCGCUGAAGAUCGCGAGGCUGGAGUAUGCGAAUAUUCUGGCGACGCAUCGGCUGACGCAGGAGCUGGGGAUUGAGUGUGAGAGCGUGAAGUGCAAUACGGUGGAUUUAAUCUACGAUGAGACGACUUUUGAGGCGGGGAAGCAGGCCAUUAGGGCAUUAGAGGGGGAUGCAAGCGAGGAGGAGAGGAAAUGGGGCGGCAUGGCGUGGUAUAGGGUUUAUGGGAGGGAUGACGGGCUGAAGCAGAAGUUCUGGGUGAGAGAGAAGAACGGAAACCCGGAGGUGCAGUCAGAAGAGGACCUGGUAGGGGCAUUCGAAUACGUCGCCGGCCGUAUCCACGCGUAUCGCUUCACGACGGGGAUCCUGAAGGAGUGCGUGAAAAGGGGCUUACAACUCUGCACGAAUACCCCCGUGCACGACAUCCGCCCCUCAUCAGAACCAAACCCACGAUAUGACAUCUUCACGCAAUACAACACCAUCUCCGCGCAGUCCGUCAUCCUCGCAACAAACGGAUACACGCCCUAUCUCCUCAAGUCGCUGCAAGGUGCCAUCGUCCCCCUCCGUGGGCAAAUCACCGCGCAGCAAGCCAGCCCGGCCACGGGUCUCCCAAGCGUUCUACCGCGGACGUACUCCUUCAUCUACGCCUCGGGAUACGAGUACAUGAUCUCGCGGAACGAGCCCGAUGGUCAGCAGCACAUCAUCAUAGGUGGAGGUUUGGGCCGCCAGCCUGAUGCAGGCGCGAGCGAAUACGGCACCGUAGAUGACAGUAGACUGAACCGUGAUAUCAGCAAAUACCUGCACGGCACGCUCUUGGGUUAUUUCGGCAUCGCGAGCCCAUCGCCGUCUGAAACAUCAUCCGAAUCCGAUGACGCGUCCUAUAAAGUCAUACAGGAAUGGACGGGCAUCAUGGGCGCUACAGCGGACGGCCGGCCGUUUGUGGGCGAAGUCCCGGGCAGGAAGGGUAUGUGGAUAUCAGCGGGCUUUAACGGCCACGGAAUGGUUCUGUGCUUGAAGUCAGCGGAGGCGCUUGUGAAGAUGAUGAGCAAGGGUGGAAGUGCAGAGGGGAUAGAAUGGUUCCCGAAGAGCUUUUUGAUUAGUGACGAGAGGAUUAGGAGUUGCCGCUUUCAUGGCCGGACCGAUAUGAGCGUGCCGGAGACGGGGAAGGGAUCAGUUGGCCAUGAAUCGCGCGUAGAACCGCGCGCAGUAUAGAAAUAAGGCAAUAGAAGAAAUCUGCGGUAUGUGCA